GUUUGUUGACCUUGAUAUACCCUCGAUACCUACUAGCAGAGUAGCAGACAAAUAGAAAGUAUUUUUAUGUAGAUUAUCUGAUAAAAAAUGUUAAACAAUAAACAUAUCAUUAAUUUUAUACAUGGACUAAAUUACUAACAAAAGUGUAAAUUGUGGCAAGUUGCAACUCAUUUUUAGAUGUAAAUACUGUUCUGUGAUUUUUUUACCGUACAGUCGACGGCACAUUAACCUAUGAAAUAUGGAGACAAGAUGGCGGAAGUGGGAUUCCCUGGGCAGCACACGACCACCACCACGGUGACGUCGAGCACCACUGUCCAGACCAACCUGAGGUUCGACCCUCUCUAUGUGAGGACCAUCCCUGGCAUACUCAAAGUUGUACAAGUUGUGAGCAGUUUAAUCGGUUUCCUCUGCAUCCAACUGUCCCGGUACAGUCACCUGUCCAAAGGCGCAUACUUCAUCUGGAUCUCGAUGUUCGCGUUCUGGUUCUCCGGCAUCUUGCUGUUCCUGUACCUGUUCCACAUGGUGGAGAAGUUCUACAAGAUCCCGUGGCUGAAGAUCGAGUUUGUUUUCUGUGCGUUGUGGACACUGCUGUAUUUGAUCGCGGCUAGUAUAGCCACGUCGGUUUACGAUGGAGGAUAUUCUGCUGGAGCGUUCUUCGGGUUCGCAGCUACGCUAGCGUACGCGAUCGAUGCGUUCCUGAAGUGGCGGGCGGUGCGCGCGGGGGGGCUGGCGCAGGGCGCGCGGGUCGUGUCCAAGCAGACCACGUCUGUGGAGCGCCCGCCGCCCCCGCCCCGCCAGGGCUACUAGUGGAUGUCCAUGUUACGCAAUUUUGAACUUUAUUUGCCGAGUUAUUUUCCCGAUUUCGUACUAAAAUGGAAACGCCACCGACGAGUUAAGUGUUUAGACCUCAAUAGGAGCAUAGACUGGUUUACGACUGUAAUACGUUUGUUUUGAUAUUUAAAAGGUCGACAUAUAAUUUAUGGUAUAUAUCAUAUACUUAAUAAAAUGUUAGCACGUUCGACAUUGAUAAUGUAAUUUACGAUUUAUGAAAUAAUUAAUUUGCAAUGGGCUAAGAUUUUGAUUUUGAGAGGGAAAAUUUAAAUUACCUUUUUUAAAUAUCUAAACAAACGAGGUAUACUAUUUUCCCAAAAAGUCCGGAAACUCAAUUUAUAGAUUGGUUUGCACCGGACUUAUUGUAUGAGGGGUUAAUAGCCCUUACAAUAAAGCAACAUUGAUUUUAAACUUAUAUUAAUAUAUAAAUUUAAAAUAAAUGUUGCUUUCCAGUCUCGCGACUGUUGGCUCCGUUUACCCCCUAAAUAUAAUAUAGAAGUGAUUCUUUAACCUAAUUCACUUACAGUCUUUGUUUCUUUGUGCAAAAAAAUAUUGCUUAUUUUAACUUGAAUGUUUUCUCUCUAAUGUUUGAUGAAUACCUCUUUAACAUGUUAAAUAGUGUAGACCGCACUUGUCUUGCACCUAGUCAUGCAAGAAGCAUUAUUUAAAAUAUGCACUUUAUUGAUAUAAAAACAUUUUAAAAAAAUACACGACAAUUGAAUAGUAUAAAAAGACAAUGCAAUGACAAAAUUAAUAAGUUUUUAAACUUCAUCUCAACAAGGAGAUAUGUCAAAUUUGACGUUUCAUCCGCCAAUCGGAAAUUAACACGCAAUUUUGCUUUAUUCUGAUUGGAUAAAACACGAAAUGUAAUAUUUGACGUAAAUCCUCUAGUUGUGAAUGAUUAGUACAUUAAAAUAAAUGAAUUAAUGACUACUGUUAGAAUUUAUUUUUAGUAAUAAGAAUUUAUCUAAUCAAUUAUUAACACAUUGUCACAAAUAUAUAUUGGACGAUGGCUGAUUGCGAUGAUAAAUCAAUUAUUAAUUUCGUGUUAUAUUUGUUGUUUUUAAAGUUUAUAUAUAUUUAGAUUAAGAACAAAAUGUACCUUUAUAUGUAAGUACUUAAUACAGCUAACUAUUACUAAUGUUAUUCUGUUCCAUACGAAUUUAUACCGGAAUUUGUGAAGUUUAUUACAAGAAAUUGUACCAAAGAUUUGGCGUCUGUAAAUUAUGGGUAUGCUCAAUGAUUUAUUUCAUUUUAUAAACAUAUUUAAUGAUCUAUUUAAUUGUAUUUUUGUACUGAUCUUCUAUACUUCGUAAUUAUUUUUCUAUGAAUGCUUUAAAUAUAUAGGGUAAUUUAAUUAAUUCGUGUAUUCUCAGAAAUUUUAACAGUGUAUGGUUAAUAAAUCGGUUCUUGAUCGAAAGGCGACAUAAGUGUUCCGUACUCUAAAGACAAUUGCAGCAUAAUCAAGAGAAUACUAUUGAUUUAAAUAACCCUGGAUAUUAUUAGCUAUCUUUUAUAAAUAUUAUGACACUACAUCACUACCUGAGUUAGAGUAUGGGAUGAGACGGAUAAGAAUAUAUAAGUAAGAUAUAUGACUGUCACGUAAAUUUGUUGAUCUUUUUAUUAGUGAUAACCAUUGAUAAUACGUAUUUUUUCUAUGAAAUAUUUACAAUAAAAAUUGUUUAUCAAAGCAUUUACAAGAACCAUUUCAGCUUGAAGAUAAAGCAAUCGGCUAGCACGAAUAUUUGCGAGAACGUAAUCGUAUCGACAAGUUCAAAAACUUUAUAGAGGCGUAUGAUGAAAGUGCUGUCCAUUUUCUAUAUAAAUUUUCUUAAUGGCGAUAACGUACUCGCAAAAUCUCGUACUAGCCCCAAAUAUUUUUAUAAUUUCGAGAUAGCUACUUAAAACAUGACCAUUAUUUUCUCUACUCUGAUAGUUACAGAGAUAAAUUUAACUUAACGAACAAAAUUUGCUAUAUACUAAGCUUUAUUAAUAUUGGAAUUGAGACACUAUUUAUGUUAAAAUAUAAUAUUUUGUGGUGUGGUGCCUUGAAUUAAAUCGACGCUUUAUAAAUGUAUCUAGCUCUAAGGUAAAUAAUAAAGAAAACUAUAUUUUUUACACUCAUUUUAGGCAAAGCUGUGACACUUAUAAAAUUGAGAUUAAUUAAUUAAUAAUAUUCAUAAAUAAACAUGCACAACUCAGCUGGCUUCAAAGUUGGUACCUUUUUGUUAUGGAAUACUAUAAAACGUUUAGAUUUUAGUUCUUCGUAUGUCCAUAUUUGUAGAAUUAUUUGUUUUUGCCUUGUCUUAAGAAUAUACAUAACAAUUUCGUUUCUUACUAUACGUAAAUUAUUAUUAGAAGAAACGUUAAUUUUUUCAAGACUUACUACUUGAAACUGAUAAACACGUAUUAGUCAUGAAGUGCCGUCAAUAUCUGUCAUUAUACAAAGCGAAACCACGUAUUGUUUUUCUUAGGUGAAGAGUAUUUUCUAUUAUAUUGCGUAUUUUAAUUUCCAUGCAUUUAUUUCACAUUGAUUUAGCAAAGCCGUUGCUGUCAUAAUUACUAUGUUAUUUGUCACGUAUAUUACAAUGCCGCGACAUCGACACAGUGCCUUGAAUAAAGUAGAUUUUUGUGUUUGAUAUAUACAAAAUGUUUUAUACUUAUCGUAACUUUAUUUCUUUUUUUUUUUCGAUUGUUUAUUUCGAGCAAAAAAUCGAUUCUUUUGUAAAUAUUUGAUUUGAGCUGUACGAGUAUGUUUUUUUUUUAACAUAGGUUAGUUGUUACUGUCACUAUUCAGCAUUUUGACAAGUAAAUGUUAAAUGUACCUAUUAUAAAAAGAAUUAAAACGUUAGUCAUA